AUGGUGGACGCCUCACGCGGAGCGGGGCCCCCCCAGCCGGGAACCCCGGCCGCCCCCGCAGGGGGGUGGCGGCGGCAGCCUGCGCCGUGGCGACCCCAGCUCGCCUCGCUCUCCCCUCGCUCGCCUCAGCUGCCCGGCCGGAAGGUCCGAGGAGGCCGGGGAGGGGAGAGAGGAAAAAAAAAAAAAAGAAAAAGAAAAAGGGGGGGGGGGCUGCCAAGGGCGACUGGAGAGCGGCUGCUCCCGCCGCCGGGGUGCUGGGCGGCGGGGAAGCUGCAGCCGGAGCAGAGGCGGCGCUGCCCUCAGGGAUGCGGCGAGGAGGAAGCGGCGCUCCGCUGGGCGGCGGGGGCCGGCGCGGGGGUGCGGAGCCCGGGCUCCGGGCGGCGGCGGCACGGUCCUACCGGCGCCCAGCCCACCAUCUCCCGCCCCGCGGCCGGCGCCCGCUCAGCCCCCGCGGCGGCGGCGGCGGCAGCGAGCGGGGCCGGCGGUCCUCCUCCUCCUCCGGGUGGAGCAGAAGAGCCGGGCGCGGGGCCUCGCGGCGGCGGAUUCCUCCAGACACGCUCCGGCCCGGACGGCUGCUGA